CUGAACCCUCGGAUCACGAGGAUUCUCUCUCUCUCAUUCCUCCAACAGUGUCUCUCUGUGGUGGAAACACUGCACUUCACCUCCAGACGCCGAUGAAACGUUGCAGCCAGAAACUCAUCUUUCUCUACACCAGAGCAGAGCGGGUCCUGUUAGGAAUCAGGCCUUUGGGUUUAAUGUGAAGUACCUUGCAAAAGCAUUCAAACCCCUUGGCAUUUGUUAUGCUCCGUUGCCUCACAACCUUGGGAUUGAAAUUGAUUGUUUGAGAGUUUGCACCGUUUCAUUUACAGAACAUGCCUACAACUCUGAAGAGGGAUUAUUUUUCUGUUGCGAAGCAAACAACAAACUGGACAAAAUAAGAGAAAACUUCACCGUGGCAAACUGUUCACCUGCAUGUUCUCCUGACUUGGACCUCUCAACACCGUUGUCACAGACUUGAAUACUUUUGCCAGGCCCUGUAAUCUAUCAGGCAUGGAAAGAGUCUCUGGCCCUUUUAAUGUUCAGUAGAGGCAGCUUCCUCAAAAAAGCUGAAACACGCUUUUGAGGAAGUAACUGUUUUGCUAUUGUCCGGAAACCUGUGGCUGUUUGUUCACCGAGACAAAGACAUUCUCAGAAAACUUGUCAGAAAGGCUUUAAAUAUCCUUGAGAUGGAAGCUCAACACUUUUGUCGUCAUUCCCUUACCUGGUCUUGGAUAUUUAUAUUUUCCUUUCUGUCUGCAUAUACAGGAGUAACUGCACAAGAGAUAAAGCUGAACAGCACGGUGUUUGUGGCCUUCUCGGGUGGAGAGUUGACUCUUGAAGUUACUGUCCACACUCCAACCAACCAAACUGAAGAUGAGCUACGUUGCUACGACCCUUUUAAUAGUCAGAUAGGCAUAUUCCAUAUCAGUCCUACACAAAGAGAGAAACCCGUACGACGACAGCUGAAGAACAUGAGCCAAUCAGGAAUGUACACGUGCAAAUAUCUUGAGGCUGAGGUGAAGUGGUUUCUACGAGUGACAGAUAAGUUCCACGUGAAGUCUCCGAUGUUGGACUACAGAGAGAUCAUCAUAGUGGGUCUCUUCACUGGCGUGCUGCUGGUCUUCAGCGUGCUUGGUUCGGUUUGUGUCUUCAGAGGACAUUGGAUAGAGACCAGCUCUAACUCUCUGGUCAGGAGCAGAAAACAGAAGGAGAGGAGAGAAGAGAAGGAGACGGAAAAUGAGGAAGACAACAUGGACAUGACAACAGCUCAGUCGUCUUCUUUCUAUGCUAGUCUAGAGCCUCGGACCAGGUCCAUUUAUGACGUGCUGGACCACUCAGCUGCCAAAAGUGAUGAGCAGCAAACGAAAACUAAAUCCCCAGAAACAGAACUCUCGAAAGAGGUGAAGCAAACCCCUGAACACCAGGAUGAAGGCAUCUUUGAGUCUGUUUAUGAGAACUUUUGAGUUGCAUAAACUGCUCUUCACUGAUCUUGCUUCACGGGGUCGGAUGAACAUCAGGGCUUUUCCAACGACACCUUUACAUCACCAGGCAAAAGAGAAGUAAAAGCAAAACAAAAGAGACUCUUUCAGAGGUUGUACAAUAAAACAGUGUAAAUAACUACAUCAAAGCAUUAAAAUGACCAGAGUCUGUGUCCUAUUGUUGUUACACAUCAGCUGAAUGCAAUAAAUGUCGCUGAAUCAACAA